AUGGUUGACGGCGUAUGGAAGCCUGUUCAAGCGGGUUCCAGGUUCUUGACUCCCACCGAAAGCCGCUAUGCUAUGAUAGAGCUGGAAGCUCUUGGUGCUUGCUGGGCCAUGAAGAAAUGUGAUAUGUUCCAUCGGGGCCUACCUCACUUCAAACUCGUCACCGAUCACCAACCCCUUAUUCCCAUUCUGAAUUCGAAGGGAUUGCUGAUGUCGAGAAUCCUCGCCUGCAACGUCUCAUUGAGGAAAAAAUGCUGCCUUAUACGUUUACUGCAGAAUGGAUUAAAGGCAAAGAUCACCUCGCUGCAUACGCACUCUCCCGUUUUCCCGUUGAUGAACCUUGUCUUGAAGAUGAACUAUGCGAGUUGCAUGCCGAAGCUGCUAUGAAUGUUCACUUUGUUGACAAGUCAACUACUGCUAGUCAGCUUCAGGAACUUUUCCACCAUCAACAAGCCGAUGAUACAUUCUUGAAAGUCGUACAUUACGUACAAAUUGGGUGGCCUAAAAUGCGAAAUAAAGUCGAAGAAGAAGCACGCCCCUUUUGGUCCAUUCGUCAUAACCUCUACAUGGCGUCUGUUGGAGAGAACUCUAUCUUACUUAUGAAUGGCAGAACUGUCAUCCCCACCCAACAACAAAAGAAAACAUUAAAUAACCUUCAUGAAGGACACCAAGGGAUUGAAAAAAACUCGCCGCCGUGCUCAAGAUUCUGUAUAUUGGCCUGGGAUGAACCAUGA